UCAUAACCUGUUGUAAAAUUGGAAUUCAUGUUAAUUUAUUGUCUAUUUCUGUCGUGAAAUAUUUGUAUGUGAUUCGUACUACUUACUUGUUAUUGUGAUCUCGUCGGUCUUAUGUCAGAAGAUCAAGAUCAGCCUAGAAGAACCAGUAGACGAACGCAAGGAAUUCCACCAGCCUACUUAAAAACCUACGCCAUCGAAAUGCCAAUCGAACACUCGCCAGCAAAAGACACAGCAGGUACAAGUAUUCACACAGAGGAUCGUCAAGACGCGAACACCCAAAAUGCCCCUAAGAAACUAUCAAAUCCUCCUGCCAAAACCUCACCAACGAAACUAAGUCGUGAACUAAAGAAGCAAGUGGAUCAACUCCAACGACAAAUGCAAGCCAUGCAAACUGAGUACUUAACCUCAACACAACAAUUGCAAGCCCAACUCACUGCCACUGUGCAACAAAUUCAAAGUUUUUUCACAAAUAAUCAAUCCACUGCAACAACAACACAACAGCAAAGAAACCCACGAAGUUCACCACCGUCCACACAACAGCCACAAAUGUCGACAGCUUCGGAAAUCUCAUACUCACAAAAUUAUUCUAUGGUACCACACAAGAAAAUUUAUCCACUUCCUAUUUUUACAGGUCUUCCAGAGGAAUGGCAAACAUUUUAUGAAGCCUUCGAAACCACCACAACAGAAUUUGGUUACACAAAUUUGCACAACAUAAUGCGCCUUCGAGAAUCGAUCAAAGGCCGUGCUCGAGAAACCGUGGAAUCACUUCUGUCAAAUUCUGCAAACGUAGCCACUAUUUUGGAAAUCCUCAGGGAAACAUAUGGUCGUCCAGAACAACUAGUCAGAAGCCAGAUAGAAAAGGUUCGCGCCAUCCCACCGCUAGCAAACGACAACUUAGAUUCACUCGUCAACUAUGCCACAAAAAUUUCAAAUAUGACGACAUUUCUAAAAAAUAUCAAAGGUGAGCAUCAUUUAUCCAACCCAUCUCUGCUCAGUGAACUCGUCUCAAAACUUCCGACAAAUCGACAAAUGCAAUGGGCCGAAAAAUCUUUAACACUGGAGCGACCAGCCACUAUAGUCGAUUUCUGCGAAUGGCUCUCCAUUUUAAGACGACUCGCCAACAUUGUAAACGACACUCUUCCAAUAGCAUCAACUUCUGCCGGCCGCCGUCAAACGACCUCUACCAACCCUCAAGGACGAAAGUAUGCUUGUGUUGCAGUCAUUCAAAAAUGCCUUAUAUGUGAAGGUGAGUGCCAUAAUAUCAAAGAAUGCCAAUCCUUUUUACAGAUGCCCGUUAACGAUCGUUGGAGCAAAAUACAACAAACAAAGACGUGUUUUUGUUGCCUUAAACGGGGCCAUCGUAUUAAAUUUUGUACACAGAAAAGAAAAUGUGGCAUAAACAAUUGUCCAAAACUUCACCACCGAUUGCUACACAACACACAACCGCACAUCAAUACAACAACUUCAUUAUCAACACAACAAACGUCAACCUCAUCUAUGGAAACACGGAACGAAAGCCAAAAUAUACCCGAAGCACCACAAGCCGAUGCCAGAAUUUGCCAUGCAACAAACGAAGCCAACAAUAUAUUAUUUCAAAUAUUGCCCGUAAAACUGUAUGGGACCACUAAAACCUUAACAACAUAUGCCUUCGUGGACGACGGCGCAAACGUGUCAAUGCUGGACGAAAACCUAUCCCGAGAACUUGGCUUACGCGGCGAACCCGAAAUCCUGCAACUCCAAUGGCUCAACGAUCAUCAAAUAUCUCGAAAAACCGAAAAAAUUAAUUUAACCGUAAGUGGAGUUGGUCAUUGUGAAGAAAAAUUUACAAUUUCUAAUGUUUACAUUUCGCCUGAACUGUCAUUGCCGAUCCAGAGCUGCCACAUAUCACAUUUCUUGAAAUCCCGUGGAUUGGAAAAAAUACCCGCAAAAGACUAUUCACAUGUUCAGCCAAAAUUGAUUUUAAGUUUAAAUCAUUCCUUUUUAACAGUGCCAUUGCAGGUUCCACGUAUGCUAGCAGAUGGUGGUCCAUUCAUAUCCAUGACAAGGUUGGGAGCAAUAAUAUAUGGUCCCUUUCCAGGAGAGAAAAUCUCAACAACAAAGCGUUUACAUAUCCAGAGAAGAGUGGAUGACCAUGAAAACCAGUUGUUGCAGGAAAUGCAUGACAUGAUGAGGGGCUAUUUCGACAUAGAAACACUAGGUGUGAAAAAAGUUCAUGAACGGUACGAGUGUUCAUUGCUAUGGAAGGAGUACGUGCCACCAAUACCAGAUUCAUAUGCGACAGCAUUAAAACGUCUAUAUUCAAUUGAAAGAAAAAUGGCAAAGGAUCGUGAGUACGCCACACAAUAUUGUGACAAAAUUAAUGAUUAUAUCAAAAAAGGCUACGCAAGAAAAUUAUCUCAGGAAGAAAUUGAAAAUGCUAGCGAAUGAAUUUUUUACUUGCCA